AUGGCCGCCCCUGCUUCUACCGGCGCUGUUGACCAGCUCGCUGCUGAUCUCGGCAACACCAGCCUCAACGGCUCCGACAAGAACCCCGCCGCCAUCAACACCACCGUCAACCCCUCCGAGGGCGCUGAGGAUGGCGCCGCUCCCACCCCGAGCUCCGCCGCCCCAGGCAACCAUGCCUCCUCCGCCUCGCUCUACGUUGGCGAGCUCGACCCUACCGUCACCGAGGCCAUGCUCUUCGAGCUCUUCUCCCAGAUCGGCCCCGUCGCCUCCAUCCGUGUCUGCCGUGAUGCCGUCACCCGUCGCUCUCUCGGAUACGCCUACGUGAACUACAACACCACCAUCGAUGGCGAGAAGGCUCUCGAGGAGCUGAACUACACCAUCAUCAAGGGCCGCCCUUGCCGCAUCAUGUGGUCCCAGCGUGACCCCGCUCUGCGCAAGACCGGUGCUGGCAACGUCUUCAUCAAGAACCUCGACGUCGCGAUCGACAACAAGGCCCUGCACGACACCUUUGCUGCCUUCGGCAACAUCCUCAGCUGCAAGGUUGCCCAGGAUGAGCACGGAAACUCCAAGGGCUACGGUUUCGUCCACUACGAGACCGACGAGGCCGCCUCUCAGGCCAUCAAGCACGUUAACGGCAUGCUGCUCAACGAGAAGAAGGUCUACGUCGGCCACCACAUCCCCAAGAAGGACCGCCAGAGCAAGUUCGAGGAGAUGAAGGCCAACUUCACAAACGUCUACGUCAAGAACAUCCAGACUGACUGCACUGACGAGGAGUUCCGCGAACUGUUCACCAAGUAUGGCGACAUCACCUCGGCUUCGCUUGCCCGUGACCAGGAGACCGGCAAGAACCGUGGUUUCGGUUUCGUCAACUUCACGACCCACGAGGCUGCCUACAAGGCUGUUGAGGAGCUGAACGGCAAGGACUUCAAGGGCCAGGACCUUUACGUCGGACGUGCUCAAAAGAAGCACGAGCGUGAGGAGGAGCUCCGCAAGUCAUACGAGGCCGCCCGCAUGGAGAAGGCCAGCAAGUACCAGGGUGUCAACCUGUACGUCAAGAACCUGAGCGAUGAUGUCGACGACGACAAGCUCCGCUCCAUCUUCUCUGAGUUCGGUCCUAUCACGUCUGCCAAGGUUAUGCGCGAUGCGAUUGAGGCCGGUGACGAGCAGGAAGACUCGGAGGGCAAGGACAAGGAGAACAAGAAGGAGACCGAGGAGACCUCUGGUGAUGACGAGUCCGGCGAGAAGAAGGACAAGAGGACAGAGAAGAAGUUCGGCAAGAGCAAGGGCUUCGGUUUCGUGUGCUUCAGCAACCCUGACGAUGCCACCAAGGCCGUUGCCGACAUGAACCAGCGCAUGAUCGACGGCAAGCCUCUCUACGUUGCCCUGGCGCAGCGCAAAGACGUUCGCAAGUCCCAGCUUGAGGCUAGCAUCCAGGCUCGGAACCAGAUCAGAAUGCAACAAGCCGCCGCUGGCAUGCCCGGCCACUUCAUGCAGCCACCCGUCUUCUAUGCUCCUGGUCAGCAAGGCGGCUUCCCCGGCGCUGGCGGACGUGGCAUGCCCUACCAAAUGGGCAUGCCCAUGCCUGGUGCUCAGGCUGGUCGUCAAGGCCAGUUCCCCAACGCCUUCCCAGGCCAGCCUGGCGGCGGCCGUGGAGGCAUCCCCCCUCAGCAGAUCCCCCCCAACAUGUACGGCUUGCCCGGAAACUUCCCUCCCGCGGGAUACAACCAACCCAACAACCCGCAAUUUAUCCAGGCUUUGCAGCAGGUCCAGCACCAAGCUGCUGCUCUCGCCGGUGGCCGUGGUGUCCAGCCCGGUCGCGGGCCCAUUCAAGGUAUGGGAGGCAUUCCUGGAAACAUCCAAGGUGCUCCAGGCCGUGGUAACAUGGGCCGCCAAGGCUUCCCUCAGGGCGGUCGUGGCGCUCCACCACCGCAAAUGGGCGGUAUGUCUGACCUGAGUGCAGCCUCGCUGCUUCAGGCUCAGGUUGCUGCCGCGGCUCCACCGCAGCAGAAGCAGAUUCUGGGCGAGGCCAUCUUCCCCAAGAUCUCCAACCUGCAGCCCGAGCUUGCCGGCAAGAUCACUGGUAUGCUCUUGGAGAUGGACAACCAGGAACUCAUCAACCUCAUCGAUGACGACAACGCCUUGCGUGCCAAGGUUGACGAGGCCAUGAACGUUUACGACGAGUAUGUCAAGAACCAGGGUGAAGAUGGUGAGAAGGAGGAGAAGGCGGAGCCCAAGGCCUAG